AUGGACGGGUUGAGUAGUGUUGGUUGUAUAGUCGUUGGAGACUGCGGCGUCAGUUGUGUAGAGCCGAUGAAUACAGAUUUGGUUGAAACCUGCAGGAGUCCGCAAACCCAUGAAGAGGCGAAUGAGACAAAGUCAGCGUCUGUCAAGGAAACAGAUGGAUCUUUCUGGAGCUACUGUUCAAGGCCAAGUUCUUCUGCACAGUUUGAUACUCGUUCGCCGGUGUCUUUGAACUCUUUUGCUUCUGUCAGAAAUGAACAAGUUAAUCUGCGCAGUAGUAUCGAACAGUAUUCUCACGAACACCAGACGGUAUCUAUUGUGGUCAAUGAGGAAACGUGUCCAGUUCCAGUGAGUCUUUCAGAAAAUAUGUGGGUUCCUGGAAAGCCGCUGCGCAUUUCGUAUGUUAGUUGGAACAUGGGUCAUAGGUGUCCCAAUUUUGAGGAUGUCGCUAGGUACUGCAUUCACCCCAAUGCCCACAUUGUUGUUGUGUGCACGCAAGAGAACGGGACUCGCCUGCUAGUAAACAGCGAUCGGAGAAAAUGGAAAAAACAUGUUGAUCACACUUGUCUGGAUGGGAAGUAUGUACUUGUUGGUCGUAAGGAGCUGUGGUACAUACAAUUGCUUGUGUAUGCCCGUAGGGAAGAUGUGGCGUCAUACAUUCGAUGCUCAGAUGCCACAAGUGUCAGAACUGGAAUUGCAAACGGUCUAUGUGGCAACAAGGGAGGCGUUGCGGUGGCGUUGUCCAUUUCCAUGAUACCUUUGCCUUUGCAGAGAUGUGCCGAAAGGAGAAGGGACAAUGAUUCUCUGUUUGGAGGCUGUAUGAGGUCGUUGCUCUCCUCUACAGAAGUGUAUUCAGGCGACACGCGGCUUCGUGACAAAAUUCCUCUCCACAAUACAGUGGCGCCGAGUAUUACCUUGCUCUUUAUUGGAGCACAUUUGGCAGCCCAUCAAAAAGGUGUGCGCAUGCGGAAUAAGGAUUAUCUUUCCAUCGUGCGAGCGAUGUACGCUGCGUUUCAAAAGGGCCGCAAAGCCUUCUGUAGGGAACAUGUAUUGCCCAAAGGGCAUUUUGGUGGCAAUGCCGACGCCCUCCACAACGUCGGUGGUGGUUCCGACGAUAUAGCCUCUGUGCCACAAUGUGAGAAUGCUGUAGGUAGUGAGAGUGCUGUUUUUGGUUGCGACGACGAUUGUACACCUCUUUUUGUUCCGCGUAGCGAAGCGCAGACUACAUCCUUGCUUUAUCACGACGUCACGGAGGAGUUUGAUCUUGUCUUUUUUGGAGGUGACCUCAACUACCGCAUCAAUGGCACACGUAGGGCAAUUGAGUAUAUGAUCAAGAGCGACAGGGACAUACGCUCUGUUCUCGCCCACAACGACCAGCUGAACCUCGAGCGGGCAAAGGGUAUUGUUUUCCGUCGCUUUUGUGAGGGGAAUCUUUUAUUUCGUCCAACGUACAAGUACGAAAUUGAACAGGACGUGUACAAUUACACAAAAAAGAAGGAUCGCAUGCCAGCGUACUGUGAUCGUGUUCUCUACAAGAGGGGGCGGGACUCUAGGGCGGGGACGGUGAAGAUACGUCUCUACACCGAUGUACCGCAGGUGCGAACAAGCGAUCAUCGACCGAUAGUUGCCAUAUUUGAUGUUGCAACAUGUGUGUGCCCACCACCUUAG